AUGCCGCUAUUCAUCCGGAACCUCUCCAAAGACGAGAAGAAGGUCCUCCGGCACAUGCACGAUCAAAACUCGACCAAAACCCGCGUGCAAAUCCUAGAGUCGUAUCCGGAAAUGUUCAAAAAGUUUGCCAAAGUAGCCACAAAGACGUUAACGGAAACUCGCAAAGAUGUCGAUGCAGUGAGCAAGGCGUUUAUCAACGAAGUCACAGAGUACUUCAUUGAAGCCGACUUGGUGAAACCUGAGGAGUUAGAAACGCCGGGAGGGAAGAUUCUGGAUGGUCGGCUUGAGAGGCUGAUUAAAAAGUGGAACGUGUUGAGCGUAGCCGAGAAGACAGCCGUCGACUCAGUGUUGGAUAUUGGCUCGUAUUUUGAAGGUGUGUUUGAACUUUGA